GUAAAAAUAAUGAGAAUGCAACCGGGCCGGGCGGGGCCAUACCCGAUAAUUCCACAGGACUUGUUCCAAAAUGCAACAGAGUUGUAUGAAGUUUGUCCAUUUCUUAUGGUUAUGGUUAUGGUUAUGGUUGCUAGAAAUCUUCACUUCUACACUCUGCUCUCGGCCUCCUCCUCUCACUGCUAACUGUUUUCACGACCAGCCGUCCGUCCGUUCUCCUGCGAUGGAUCCCAAUCCCAAGUCCUUUCCUCUCCUCUCCUACGUCAUGUCUCGCUUCCCUUCCAUCAGGCCCUCCAAACCCGCCUCCUCUGAUCCCGUCUUCGACAUUGAGCAGCCACCGCCCACCUCCGCCCAUCCGCAAAUCGUUGAUCAAAUGCCCCACCUUGCCCACCCUAAGGUCCUCGCUUCCAUGACACAAGCCGUCUCCGAUGUUGCUCAUACCCGGUCUGUUCUUCAAACCCUGGGUCCGCGACCCGACCAUGAGGCAGUUGACAGCGCCCGCUCCAAGCUCUCCGAGAUGGAGUCCAAUCUAUCCAAAUCCCUCGAAGAGCUCGUUCUCUCCCCUCGUCCCCCGGAAGUGGAUCGCCUUGAGUGGCGAGUCCACCUCGCUGAAAAGGAACAGCAGAUUCGGCAACAAGCAGAGAAAGAACAAGCCAUUUAUAAGUCAAUUUUGCAGCUCGACGAAAUGCAUGAAGCAUACGGCAGGCUUCUCAAGGAUGCUGAGGAGAGGCUUGUGAGGAUUUACGAGUCGGCACAAAAAGUGGCGGAAAGCUCGGAAAUAGUGGAAGAGGUGAACGAGGAGGUGGUAGGGGUGCUUGAGGAGGCGCAGGGAAGCAGAUUGGAAAGGGUGGAUUUGUCAGGGAGGAAAUUGCGGUUUUUGCCUGAGGCUUUUGGAAGGAUUAGUGGCUUGAUUCUGCUUAAUCUAUCAAAUAAUCAGCUUAAUGUCAUUCCUGACUCCAUAGCUGGAUUAGAAAAACUUGAAGAACUCAAUCUGUCUUCAAAUCUUCUGGAAUCACUCCCAGACUCAAUUGGGUUGUUGCAUAACUUGAAAAUCCUGAAUGUAUCUUCAAAUAAAUUGAUGGCUUUACCGGACAGUAUUUGUCAAUGCAGGUCACUGGUUGGGUUAGAUGUGAGCUUCAACUCCAUGACAUAUCUGCCAACAAACCUUGGAUAUGAGUUAGUGAACCUACAAAGGCUUUCAAUUCAAUUGAACAAGAUCCGUUCCCUUCCCACGUCUAUUGGUGAAAUGGGGUCUCUGCUGUAUCUGGAUGCUCACUUCAAUGAACUUUGUGGACUUCCAGAUGCAAUUGGAAGACUGACAAAUCUUGAGAUUCUAAAUCUGAGUAGUAAUUUUGCUGAUUUCACACAACUUCCUGAUACAAUUGGCGAGUUGACAAACCUUAAGGAACUUGACCUCAGUAACAACCAAAUCCAUGUUCUUCCCGAUACAUUUGGGCGACUUGACCAGUUGACCAAGCUCAAUUUAGAGCAAAAUCCUAUUGUCAUUCCACCUGUUGAGGUUGUGAAUCAAGGAGUUGAAGCUGUCAAAAGUUUCAUGGCUAAGAGGUGGUUUGACAUACUUGUGGAGGAAGAAAGGAAGUCAAUGCUUGAAGUAAACGGACAGGCACAGACUGGAUGGUUAACACGCAGCACGUCUUGGCUGAAGACUUAUGUUUCUGGUGUUAGUGAGACUGUCUCAGAAUUGCUCGGGACUCCCAGAGGAUCUCCCAGAGACCCUUAUCUUGAUGAGCAGCGAUGAUUGCUUGCUUGGCUAAUAAUUUCUGUUUGCUGCUGCACUCAUUCUCUCUGUCUCUCCUUUUUUUCUUCUGCAAUUUUGAGCUUGAAGGGUGAAAAAAUCUGACAUUUUUUCAUGUUCCAUUUUUUGGUAUAUGACUUGGACAAAAAUAAAUAGGUAUGGGUGCUCACUCGUUAUUGAUAGCUACUGACUCUAGUAAAAUUCUAGAAGCUGUAUAUCAAAUUGUACUGGAGUUUUAGCUGUUAUUUCAAGUCUACUUGCAUUUUUGUCAGUUAAUGAAAUAUGGCACUGUUGUAUUUGCAAAAUUUUGCUGUGUGAUGGGUAUUUUGAGCCUCUGGAAGUUUUAUUUGGAAACUAUUGCUUUUGCUGUUAGGUAUGGUUACUGAGAUUUUAGCUAAAUCAGGAGAAGCAUUGCCCAUCUCUUAUAAUUGAUAUUGAAUCAUUAAGCUUCCACAAGUGAAGAAGCUUUCUAAAGGUGAUUCAUACGAACACCAGCUGCUGAAAUUCUGCUCAGAACCUGUGACAGAGAGGAGACGGAUUGGACCAACUUCAGCUAGCAAGCAAUAAAGGUUUUCUUCUUUC